CGUAACUCAUUCUUUAUUAAAGCCAAACAAUAAGGAAACCCUUUUAAAGCCCCAUGAGAAUCUGCAAUGCUAAUUGGGGUCUACAUUCCGUAUAAUUGCCCAUAAAUAACUACAUACAACAAUUAUUAAGGCAAGAUAGAUAAAUAAAUAAUAUUGUAAAAUUUUGAAAUAGAGACUAUUUUUUGAAUUUUCUUUUAGCCUUUUCCUACAAUGGAAAAUAAAGAAAGAAAAGGACUGAUAAGCUGACAACAAAAAAAUCAAAAACACCACCGUUUUCUCUCUCUAAUCUCUCGUCCUAAUCUUUGGCGGUCGUUCCGGGUCUCCGGAGGUGUAUCAUAAUCUCAUUUUCCCGGAAUUUUUUCUCCCUUCAAUCGCCGAUCUUUCACUAGAUGGGGUCUUGAUCAGGGGCCUCUUUGAGUUUCUGGGACAAGAGUAGCUGUUGGAUCAUAUGAGGUGGUUACUCAGUUCAUUGGGCGAUUCAGAUGUACAAUUGCUGGUGGAGUUUGGCGAAUUGAAUUCUUUUACGCAUAAGCUUGUCAAUAUAUCACAUUGGAGUUCUAGUAAUAUAGUAGAGGGAGGCUACUAUGGCUGAGGGAGUCGAGCAACUUGAACUUAAGUUCAGAAUCUUUGAUGGGACAGAUAUAGGUCAUGGUUCCUAUUCGUCAUCCAUCACUGUUGCAACUCUUAAGCAAAGGCUUCUUUCUGAGUGGCCUCAAGAUAAAUCAGUAGUCCCAAAGUCGGUAAGUGAUAUGAAAAUAAUCCAUGCUGGGAAAGUUUUGGAGAAUGGCAAAACACUUGCCGAAUCUAGAGCGCACGUCGGUGACCUUCCCAGUGGAGUAAUUACAAUGCAUGUUGUUGUACAGCCAGCUGUUGUUAAGAAAAAGACAGAUAAGAAUCUAUCCGGGAAACAAAAACAGGGCUCGUGUUCCUGCACUAUCCUUUAGGGCCUACCUGUAAAGAGCAUCACAAUGGUGAGGUCAUCUUCUCGUGCUUUUUUUUUUUUUUUUUUUUUAACUUUCAUCGAAAUAUAUUAGUGCACCGUAGCAUCAACGAUGAAAGGGUCUUUGAGAAACAAAAUGAAUUGGAUUCUACAAUUCGAAACACUGAGUUCAUACAUGUAAUCAAUCUUUGUGAUGAUUGGGGUUGCCUUACUAUGUGGAUGUAGAUUUCUGCCC